GGGCCCCCGCCCCGUGGCGCGAGGAUGGCGGAGAGGAAGAGGAUCUGGAACACGGAGGACGACCUGCCGGUCUACCUGGCGCGGCCGGGCACCACGGCGCAGACGCCCCGCCAGAAGUACGGCGGCAUGUUCGCCUCGGUGGAGGGCGCCUACGAGAACAAGACCAUCGACUUCGACGCCUACAGCGUGGGCCGCAAGGGCUCGCGCACCCCGCGCAGCGGCAGCCGCCACGACCUGCUGGACGGCGCCGGCGGAGACAGCUACAGCGAGACGGCCAGCGACGUCAGCGAGAUCUCGGGCUCGGUGGUCAGCUCGCCCAGCGGCGACAGGGAGGCCCGCGCGCCCGGCGUCGAGAUCCGCUACCCGGCCGGCAAGGAGCCGCCGCGCGGCGCCCACAAUGGCAAGAGUGAACGCCUGCUCAUUAAAGGUGGACGGAUUAUUAAUGAUGACCACUCCUUCUAUGCAGAUGUUUACCUGGAAGAUGGGCUGAUAAAACAAAUAGGAGAGAAUUUGAUUGUUCCUGGUGGAGUGAAGACCAUUGAGACGAAUGGGCUUAUGGUUAUUCCUGGAGGCAUCGAUGUCAAUACUUACCUGCAGAAGCCCUCUCAAGGCAUGAUGGCUAUUGAUGAUUUCUAUCAUGGCACAAAGGCAGCUCUAGGAGGAGGCACUACCAUGAUCAUUGACCAUGUACUUCCUGAACCCAGCUCCAGCCUAUUAACCUCCUUUGAAAAGUGGCACGAGGCAGCAGACACCAAAUCCUGUUGCGAUUACUCUCUCCAUGUGGAUAUCACCAACUGGUAUGAUGGAAUCAGGGAAGAGCUGGAUAUCCUGGUACAAGAUAAAGGUGUUAAUUCUUUUCAAGUCUACAUGGUCUACAAAGAUCUCUACCAAAUGACUGACAGCCAGCUCUAUGAAGCCUUUACUUUUCUGAAAAGUCUUGGAGCUGUAAUCAUGGUCCAUGCUGAAAAUGGAGAUUUGAUAGCUCAGGAACAAAAGCGUAUGCUGGAGAUGGGCAUCACUGGACCAGAGGGCCACGCCUUGAGCAGGCCAGAGGAGCUUGAAGCAGAAGCUGUUUUCCGAGCCAUCACCAUAGCUAGUCGCAUCAACUGUCCGUUGUAUAUCACCAAGGUCAUGAGCAAGAGUGCAGCUGAUAUCAUUUCACUGGCUAGAAAGAAAGGUGCUCUUGUUUUCGGGGAACCAAUCACUGCCAGCCUGGGGACAGACGGGACACAUUAUUGGAGCAAAAAUUGGGCCAAGGCUGCAGCAUUUGUGACCUCACCGCCUCUGAGUCUGGAUCCUACCACACCUGAUCAUUUGACCUCACUUUUAGCAUGUGGUGACCUGCAAGUGACUGGAAGUGCCCACUGUACCUAUAGCACAGCCCAGAAAGCACUUGGAAAGGACAACUUCACUCUGAUUCCAGAAGGAGUAAAUGGAAUUGAAGAAAGAAUGACCGUGGUCUGGGAUAAGUGUGUGUCUUCAGGUAAAAUGGAUGAAAACCAGUUUGUUGCCAUUACUAGUACCAAUGCAGCCAAAAUCUUUAACCUCUAUCCACGAAAGGGUAGAAUCGCUGUGGGUUCGGAUGCUGACAUUGUGAUCUGGGACCCAGAGAAGGCGAAGACCAUCACAGCCAAAAGCCAUAAGUCGGCUGUUGAAUAUAAUAUAUUUGAAGGCAUGGAAUGUCAUGGUGCUCCCCUCAUAGUCAUUAGCCAAGGGAAGAUUGUGUUUGAAGAUGGAAAUCUCCAUGUAAGUAAAGGAAUGGGCCGUUUCAUUCCCCGGAAGCCUUUCCCUGAAUACCUUUAUCAACGCAUCAAAAUUAGGAAUAAGGUAACAGAAUUGCAAGGUGUCUCCAGAGGAAUGUACGAUGGGCCAGUCUAUGAAGUUCCAGCAACACCAAAAUAUGCAACUCCUGCACCUUCCACUAAAUCGUCUCCUGCCAAAAACCAGCCCCCACCAAUCAGGAACCUCCAUCAAUCUAACUUUAGCUUAUCAGGUGCUCAGGUAGAUGAUAACAACCCACGUCGCACUGGGCAUCGCAUUGUUGCACCUCCUGGUGGUCGCUCCAAUAUUACUAGUCUUGGAUGAACUCAGAUGGAAACAGAAACCAAGAAUAAAGGCUCAUAGGAACAAUUAUUAUUUCCUUUCUAUGUCUGUGUUGUUGAUCCCACACUUUUAUUCGGUACUUGUGUGUGCGUGCGUGUGUGUGUGUGACAGGGAAUCUCUCCUCCUCCCCAAGAAAA